UGGGGAGGAGGAGGGGGUCACCUGUGAGGAGUGAGAUGGGUAGAGGGAGGGUGAAGAAACAGAACCAGAGACUAUGUAAGAGGAUGAAGAAGGAGGAGGAGGAGGGAGGAGGACAGGUGAUAUUUAAGUCCCUGACGGACUCUCUCUCCAUCCAUCUCUGCCUUGGCUCAGUCCCCUGCACCUCUUCCGAGACAAAAGAGGCCCUCCAUCAGCACUCAGGUAAGACAGACAGCUUGCUUCGCAGUACUUUCUCCUCUUCAUCUGAUGAAGGUUUAAGUUAAGAAAACUAAUAUUUUUUAUCAAGCUUUCAUAAAGGAAACAGACGAGUUCAAAACCAUCUAGAGCUCUGGACGCGGAAAACAACAUUUAGAAAUUUAUUUGAUCUUUUUACUUCUCUUUCAAAAGUCGAUUGUUAGCGGAUUUGCUAUUUUGGUGAGAGGCAUGACAGUAAAUUUAUACACCAAAUAAAGUGAAGCUACAGGAGGAUAAAGGAAAAGGUAGAUUUAGUUAACAUAAAUGCAAAACAUCAGAUUUGCAAAGAUUUGAAAAUGAUUCAACCAACCGACUUAAUCCAAGUUUUGAAUUUCAGAAAAAUGCAAAAUUUUAACAUGUUUAAGAUCAAAAUAUCUGCUUCUUAUCGUCCUCCUUUGCAGUUUUUCAGCACUAUGCAUCAUUAAAUGCAGAUUCUGCACCACGUUUGCACUUACACUGUCCAUAUGCAUUACUACUACACUCUAUAUUAUGUUACUGACAGCAUUUUGGUCUCCAUGGAUCCCUUUUGUGUCGUGUCAGGCAGUGAAACGGAUGACCCCUAUAGAUUUUCCAGUUAGCUAGCAUCGGUGUCCACUCGCUUCUUCUUUUGUCUCCACCACCUGCAACACCGACCUCUCUCCGACAAUGACAUCGCCACACAGCCCGACGAGAAGCAACAAGGAGUGACAUGAGCAUCUCUGCCUCCUUUUGUAUAAGCUGAUAGUUAAUAAAUCAUGCACACGUUCAAUUGACGGAUUGCUUGUCUCUUAGUAUCUGACUCAUUUAGAGCAAGCUUGAAAAUGCCUCCAUAGACUUCUAUUUUGGUACAAGUAGAUCAUCAGUUUGUGUAUAGAUCUUUAUUUCAUUCUUGGUUUCCAGUUGGGAUGAUAAGGUGUUAGCAUGUUUGCAUUGAUCAGUCCUAAAUACUUUGUGGAUUGGAUUUCUUUCCAUGACCCAAGAAGCAGACUUUCAAAACAUCUGAAAAGUUUCUCUAAUUCUCUUUUUAAUGUGUUAUUUAUUGAGGUAGAAAUUCUGCAUGGUUGACAGUGACUUAUCUGUGUCUGUUGUGUGCACAGUCUCUCCACCAGUCCAGCACAAGAAGCUCCAAGAUGCCGGACACAAUGUGUGUAAGAUUGUUCGAAAAAGCUUUCAAAGCUCUCCUCCAUCUUUCCACCCAAAACCUCUGAAAAGUUAAACCCAGUAAGGUCAUGCACGCACAGUGACCACGCUGAUAGCUAAAUUAGAGUCAAUAAUAGCCUCUGCGCAACACACACACACACGCAGAGUGUUAUUCAACCCCUCUUUGCAGAAAUGGGAAAACCUCUCUGCUUUGGUUUCUUUCCACCCAUCCAUCCAACUUUCUGCCUAUCCAAAUAUCACUGUGUCUUGGAGGUGGCUCCGGCCUUAGCUUACCAUGUGGCCGCACAUGCAGCUAAGAGCCGGAGCGGGCGUUUAGCAGCCGAGUUUGACCUUUUGGCUUCAAACUUUUUUUUUCCAGCAUGUCCAAGGAGCCCAGUUCCAACCUGGAGAGUGCCAUGCAGAUGCUCAUAAAGACCUUUCACAAGUACUCAGGGAAGGAGGGUGACAAGUACACGCUGAGCAGAGGAGAGCUGAAGGAGCUGCUACUAGAGGAGCUGGGGACUUACUUAGGGGUAAGAGAAGGAGGCAAAUAUGUGGUUGAACACUAAAUACGCAACACACAAGUGAAGGAAUGUGCUCACAUACUCAGGCGCACAUGUUCGGGCAAGCUUGUGCAUUGAUGUAUGUUGACACACACACGCGUAGCAGAACACACAUUCUUAACUCUCUCUCUCUUUCUCUGUGUUUCUGUGGGCUCUCCACUGACAGAGCUCCAAAGAUAAUGAAGCAGUGGAGAAGGUGAUGAACGACUUGGACGCCAACAACGACGGGGAGGUGGACUUCACCGAGUUCAUCAUCCUGAUGGGCGCCCUCACUGUCGCCUGCAACGACUUCUUCCUGGAGUUCAAAACAGACGAGAAACCGAAAGACGACAGCAAAGGCGACUCAGCGGGGAAGAAGGAUUGAAUCAGUGCAGGAAGGAAAGGAUAGAAAAGGGAAGGGAAGGGGGGGUGUAAAGAAAAAGGGAAAAGAAGAGGAGGAAGAAGGUGGGGCUGUAAAUCAGGAGAGAUAGAGGGAAGAGUUUUGUCUUAUGCAAUUUGUAAACACUAAAACUACACAUGAGGGGAGCGGCCCAGCAGAGAGAAUUUGUGGGUUCUCAGAAAACGAGGCGUUCAGAAGGAGUAACUUGAGUGUUUUUCAUACCACAGCAUAUCCGGAGCUAGCUAGCAAGAACAGGGUAUAUAUUUAAACUUCUUUUGACUCAACUAUAACAGUUUUGACAUUGCAAACUAAGGCGGCGAGAAGAAUUGAUAGUUCGAAGUUCAAGCAUCUCUUGCACAUGAAUGAUUAGUGAACAUAUAUGAAGUUACAGAUUAACAUAUUAUUGUAUGUACUCAGUGUUGAACAUUAGGGUAUGAUUUCCUCUCUCUUUUACGCCUAUUUUGUAAUCCUUUUUGGUAAUAACCAAUGCAUUCUUCAAAAUAUUAAACAUGGCAUUUAACCAACUAUUUAUGGUGGCGUGUUUGGUUUCACAUUCUGAGAAAUCCCUCAUGCUGCUCAAGCAUUCAUCCACAUGUCGGACAUGAAUCGCCGCACCUGGAAAUCAAGUUGAAUGGCGAGGAGAGAAACAAUGUCAGCAAACUGUGUGAGUGUGUGUGUACGAGUGUGUCAGCGUCUGUGUAUGUGUGUGUGUAUGUGUGUGUAUUGGGGAUUCCCACUGAGUAAACUGCUCCAGCUCACACAUCCUGCCAACAAUAUCCUGCAAGUCUUGUUCCACUAGAUAUAAGCUGACCCAGAUGUUUGACUUGGAUCUGUGUGGAAAAAAAAAAAAAACUUUCUUCAAAAGAGAGAGAGAGAGAGAGAGAGAGAGAGAGAGAGAGAGAGAGAGAGAGAGAGAGAGAGAGAAAGGGAAGAAGAGAAGAGGGAGGAAAAAAAGAGAAAACAAGGGUGUGUGGGGAGAUAAAGGGUGUUUGUGUGCAUGAGGGUGUGUAUGUGAAUGAUGGAAGUGCUGCAUAGGCGCUGGAAGUGAAUCCAAUUUAUGGAGCGCAUUAGUCAAGUAUGUUACUUGGAAAGCGGUGGUGUAUAAUCACACAGGAAUGCUCGAUUUUCUGUGACUGUUAGCAAAUUUCAUGUCCCUCAGUGUCUCAAACACACACACAGACAAACACAGAUCAGUAAAUCAACACCUCCUCUUCCACCUCAUUGGCUUUUACAGCUGUUCGUCACUUUUAAAAUAUGAACAAGGGGGAAAAACAUAGUGUAACAGAGAUCCUCUGCUUUCUUUACCUCUGCGUGUAAUUGUGCCAGAACAAUGAUGAACAUAACCGCCUACUCUUCUUACCUUGAGCAAUAUAAAAAAGAGAAACUGAUCACAGGUCAGCCAGCGUUCAUGGGCGUGGUCCCUUUCUGCUUUCACUCCUCGGCCUUGCAGAUGUCUCCAAACACGUCUUCUGAUUGGACAGUUUGAAUAUUUGAGUUGAAAGUGCUCAGCCUGCAGAUAGAUAAACAGUUCAAAACAAUAAAGUGUCCACCAAGACCGGUUGUAGCCUGAAGGGACACAAAUAAACGGUUACAGCUGUUAGCUCCUGUUACCUGCUUUUCUCAGUCCAGAAAACUGAUGGGUCAGCUGAUUAAAAGAAAUGCUUUUUUUAUUCAGUAACAUUUGCAAAAGAUGAAAUGUGAGCUUUUACAUCAACAGCUGGUGUUUAGUUUAAAAAAGGAAAACUAUCUUCUAUACUCAAGGAAGUUGAUUCAUGAGUCAUGGCACAAUACAAAGUAAAAAAGUUAAAGUAAAAGUACUGAUCAUGCAUUAAAAGCCUUUUCAAGUUGUGUAUGAUUGUGAGUUUUAACAUUGUAAGGCAGUAUUUCAUUCCGUUGUCAUUCGCUAAAGAUAUAAAAGAAUAUCAUUUGGUGUCUAAGAUUUACAAAUGAUUAUGUAAGAAGGAGGAGCAUUGGUGCUGACAUCGAUGAAUUUAGAUCUUAUAUCUUAGAUGUUUCAUCCAAACACCACCAUGAGACUGACUAUAAUCACACAAAAACUGUAAAACUGUUACCAUUUCAUCACCUCAUGACUGACCAUCAACAAAAAUGCAAUAGGAUAAUGUAAAAUAGUGUUCUGACACUUACCUGCUAAUUUAACUGUGAGCUACAUAGAGGCUGAAUGCUUUAUUUUCUUCUCUUCAGUUUCACCCAAUACUUCCUAGCUAAUAUUAGCUUGUAUUUAGCUAGGAUAAGCCUGAACACUAAUAUAAGUUUCACAAAACAAUACAGAAGCCAUUUGAGUAGCUUACAUUUCAGGAAGAAGUCAACACUAACAUUACCUUCUACUAUAUUUAGGUAGAACAAUAAAUUUCAAUAGCUCACAUUUAGCCAAAAGUAGCAAGAUGCUAACAUUAGCUUUUUGUAUUUCUACACAGUAGGCCUUCAAUAAAGCAAAUAUCAGCUUAAGGUUGUCGUUGUAAAUCCAACUUAGAGUUAAAGUGUUAUACAGACUGCUGGCUCACAGUUAUGUUACAUUCAAAUUCAACUUAAUUUGUGUGGCACUUUUCAGACAAAAAUGCAGUUCAAGGUACCUCACAGAGGCUAAAAACAACAAUUAACAACAAUAAAACCCAAACACACACCCACCCAUGGACACACACACACAAAGACACACACUCACCCACACAUACACACACAAGUGCACACAGUGUGAGAAUUUAAGAUAUAUUGUUGAAGAGACAUGGCCUGACACCGAGACAUUACGUGAGGAAAGAGCUACCUUUGGGAAACACUGGAGAUAAAAGAUAAAAGAUAAAAAUGGUAAAAAGAAAGAGUAAAACCUGAUGGACUAAAACAAGAAAAUAAUAUUCAAUGAACAGAUAAGUAAGAGCUCUUUACCAUGGGGUUAAAGAAGUAAAAGAAGUAAGAACCUCUAUGACGGGACUUAAGAAAAAGACUAAGAACAGAGAAAGUCAAUAUAAUGACAUAAAAUAAACAUUAAGAACUUUGAUUAAAAUGAACAUUUGCAAUAAGAGAAGUAUAGAAAGGCAAUUAGUAAAAAGUCUGAUUAAAAAUAUUCACUAAAAAAAGACACACUUCUAACAUUGAUAACUGUCUGAUCCUUUUCAAUUACACAACAAAACAAUUCAAACUAUAUUGCUGUAAACUCAGCAGUGACAGACUGUAAUGUCUUUGAGCAUCAAGCAUCAUCAGGCCACGUGGACUGCUGCUUCAAAGUACUUAAUUCUGAGCCACGUGGUCUCUUCAAUCACACUAGCACGAACAAUAGCUCUGGACAUCCUGCGACCAUUAUCUAAAACCACGCCUGACCUUACCAGCUGGGCUGAUUGGAACUAAAAGGCAAGAGUCGACGCUAACUGAUCUCACAUGGCAGGUGCUGCUACUCUGUGAGAGCGGAGGAGACGAGCAACACAAAGCCACGACGUGUCACGGGCACUAAGCCUGGAGCAUCUGAUAAGGAACACUUCGGUUUCCAACAGAUCGGGUCAAGCGACACCAAGAUGUCAAGCCACCCCGUCCAUCAGACAGUCAAUUUGCGAUCACGCCAAGCAGGGCCCCAGGAAGGGACAGGGAUUGCAUGAGAGUAGAGAGGCAUACAUGUGAGAAUGAAAUGACAUUACUCAUUCAAGUAUACAGUAACCCAGAUGGCUCCAGGUCUAUAUUGUGUGAUGAUUAAUCCCUUUCCAGGUGUAGCUGGCUCACCCUUGGGGAGAAUUUGAGAAGGCCCGCUUCCUCAGGUUCAUGAAAUCCAUCUUGACAGAGAACCGCAGAGAAACCUUAUGGCUGUAGCUCAAUGCCAGAGAGGAGACAGGAGACAUAUGAGUUACAAGGCCUGGCACUCUUAAUUCAUAAAGACCAUGCUUGGAUACUCCAGCAAAAAUGGAAAAUUACUAAUCACAUUUCCUAAAGUGCUGCAUUAGAAACUUUUUCAGUCUUAGAUGACGCUGCUCUGGAGGAAACUCUUGAACUUUUUUGCUCUACUAUAAAGAGCUUGAGCUACCCUUUAGAUUUUACUUGUGUUUUCUGUGUCUAUGGAGAGUUUGGGCUGAAACCAAAGACGUGUUUUCUCCCUGAACUCCUCUACAGGUUUUAGUAGAAGAUAGUUAAAAUUGUUUAAAGUUGCACAGACUUUAAGGAGAAAAAAAUACAUUUCUAGCACAGCUUUCUUCUUCAGACUCCCAUAUUUGUCUCAUGACCGUCUUGAGGUGCUUGACCCCCUGGUUGAGAACCUCUCGUCUCAACUAUUUAACAAUUAAGUAGCUGAGACAGGCCACAUCUCCACCCUGUGCAGCAAUUUACAAAAGCUGCAAAUAAUUCUUUACUCCAUGUUAUAUAAGCCUCACUUUUCUUGUACUUGAUUUUCAAAAACUAUAUCAUCUCAGUGAAAGUUUGUUAUUUGUUGUGCCUCAUUGUUAACCUGAAACCAGCUCCAACAGCUCGCAGCAAACAGUCACCGGUGAGAUGACACAACAACAGAGGCCUGAAAGCCACCUGUGGUUUUACAAUGAAUGAAACUCAACCUGUGGGUCACUGGCCUUCAUAAAUUAAACCUCAAACUCCUCUUGGCACCAAGCUGUGCUGGUGUCCUCCUCGAGGGUCAAGGAGAAGCCGGUGACAGACAGAUAUCAGCCUCGGAUAACAGCCACGGAGUGAGGAGGGUAAAGAAGAGAGGCGUAAGAAAAGGUGAGACGGACAGAGACGGUGUCAAUUGCUCUUUUUAUCCUUCACAUUAAGAGCCCUUGACACAAGACUACUUGUCUCUUUUUCAUGCUGCUUUUAAGCUCAGAUAUACACGCUCUUUCUUGCGAGUAUAUAAGCUGUUUGUCCUCAACAUGAUCCUCUGUGAAAACCUUAUCUCCCAGCUAGAGCUUUCCUCUUCACCUUUUCACCAUUUCACCUGCCGCAAUAAGCGAUCCCCUUUUAGCGAGAUUGACCACCAGCCACCCAGACAAAACUACUAAACUGCUGAAACCGCAAUCAAAACUCUUCGUUUAAAAAUUCAUUAUGCACAAAUAUGCCCUCAUUCAGUCAUGCCAGGAUCUGUGAAGAGGCUGCUUCCUCCGGGACCAUGAGACAGUUCGAUGCUUUGAUCAGUCUCUUUAAGAGCGAGCAUCACUGACAAAAAAAAACACCCGCACAUUUUGUUGUUUAUGUUGUUGGUUUAUUGAGAUCAGAGAGGAGCUAAGAGAGGGUCUCCAGCAUUGAGAUCUUUUCAGGGUCUGUUUUACAACAUUUGAACAACAGGUCUUCACGUAACAAGAUGAAGAAUGUAAAGCAGGUGUUCCUCUGCAGGUCUCUGCCAAAAACCACAACCUGACAUCUUUUAAAUCUGUGAGGAGACGUGGGAAUGGCAGACCUCCAGAAGAGUUUAAGAUAUAAUCUAACCUCAGUUACAUCAUAUUUGAAUGUCAUCCUGAAGGCUAACAGGCUGUGUUGCAACGAUUUCCUCCAGAGUGCACAUCAUGUAUCAAAUAUUUGAGUUAUCAUUUAAAAUAAAAUAGAAAAACUGAAUAAAAAUAAAACAGCUUUUACUCUGUUUGCUGUUCUGUCUCAUAGCACCAGAAAUAAAAUAAGAUACUGAGGGAUAAGCAUUAAAUUUUAGCACUAAGGGUCUAAACAAACAUGAUUUUUAUAUGAAUACUUAAACACAUUUAUCUCUUUUAUCAUCUUUAAAUAUUCCUCUUUUAUUUCUUACAUUUACCUGCAAAAAUAGUUUUUAGGAAUACCAACAAUUAGCAUGCUUGUUUCACAGAUUUGAGCCUAAAUUGAGUCGCUUAUCUUCCAUAAAAAAAUACUGAUAAAGUG